CCACACUUUGUGUGAAAUCAGCCUGUCGAACACGGUGCAUUCUGAGAUGCUCGUUUCUCUCAUAGGAUGUGAAGGCGUAGCCAUCGACAUGCAAUAUCCAGCCAGGGCGCUAAGUCCGAAGAGGCGCCGGAGUAACGUACAUUUGGUUAAGUUACCUACGCUGCCACAUUUACCGGAUAAUGGGGGCUUCAAUUAUGUGUCAUGCGAUGCUACCUCUGUGGAAUGGGGCAUCUGCCUGUCUGGCAAGGGGAAAAGAAUCGGCCCCUCUUGGUAAGCAGAAACACCCUGCAGAUCUGCAGCUGGGGAUAGUGCAGCUAAUUGUGAAUCUUGAAGGGUGUUUUGGACAACGAUUGACUUCUGCAUUCUCGAGGUUUCUGGCAAGAUAUAUAAAGCAUAAAGUCCAGAGAGUUUCGGUGGAUUUCAAUACUUCCGAUCGACCAACCUUCUACCCAUCAAAGUUUACUUCGGAAAAGCCAGUCACACUAUCUCAUUUCCAUCUACUUUUCUUACAAUGGAGACUGUUCGUCGAAUUAACCGAUGGACUCAGGAAGAGGACUCAAUCCUCAUCCAGAAACUCUACGAGCAACAGACCUGUAUGUCCCACCUAUCUUCCCUCUUUUUCAAUCUUCCGUGGCUGAUAUUGUUAUAUAUUUACUAGAUGACCUUCCUAGCGCAGCUACCGAUUGGCAAAAGAUUGCCGCCGCCCUCCCUGGCCGGUCGAACAAAGACUGCCGGAAACGAUGGUUCAAUGUCCUCAGCGGGGGCCUGCGAAAAGGUGCUUGGUCACCCGAAGAAGAUUCCUACCUGAGAGAUGCUGUGCGGAUCGAGGGCAAGUCGUAAGUAUCAGAAUUCAACUGAAGAACAUUACAUUUGUUGGACAAGAACUCAAAGGAAGUCACAGAUGGAUGCGUGUUGCACAGCAUGUCCCCCAACGCACUGCAGACCGUAUGUUUUAUCCUGAUAGCAUUCACAGGGGAACGUAUCAGACUCUAACUAAGUGUUAGAAUGUGCAAAACGGUGGCAGCAUUUCCUGGAUCCUACCCUUGAUCGCUCUGAGUGGACAGCAGAGGAGGUACGACAACUAUACACCAACUGUAAUGGAAAACACUAUGCUGAUAUAUAAGGUAUUCCAGAAUGAACGUCUACUCUGCGCAGUGCAGCAACACGGCCGUCGUUGGCUGGAUAUCCGUAACCAAUACUUCCCUCUGCGAUCUCCAAAUGCCCUGAAGAACCAGUAAGUGCCAAUACAUUAUCAUUCCCUAGAUCGAAUUUAUUAUAUCAUAACUAACUUCAAUAUAGAUAUUCAAUUCUUAUGCGCCGCCAUGAAAGGAAUCUUGCGGCUGUUGGAAAGAGGACCCAGAACGUAAUGGAUAUCACUUCGAGCUAUCAUUCAACCUCAAUGAGCACACUAAGAACCCCCAGUAGCCAUACUGGGUCAAAAAAAUCUCGCAAAACUCACUGCGAGGCUGAGACCUAUAUUAAACCAGAACCAGAUGAUUACUUUAUGGACUCGUUUUAUGGAGAACUUGAGUUCAAGCCCACUAUGUCACCAGCCACGGACUAUGGGUUUGUUGGAAAAGGGGUCACGACGCCCGACCCAAUUGCCCGUCCAUACGCUGGAUUCCUGAAACAAGAGGAGGUAUCACUGACUGAAUACGACGCGCCAUGUUAUACUUCGAGCCUCGGACCACAGUACGAAGCCAACGCUAUUCAGAUACCCCACAUGGAUGCCGGUAUCUCAAGCAAUACUACCGAAGACAUGUGGAUGGCAUAUCCCACAUCACCAAGCUCAACAGCACCUAGCGAUGGUGAUCUCGGCGGUUUCUCUCACAGAGAUCAAUGGGGCUACAGCGUGACAGGCAUGCCACUACAAGGCCAAAACGCACUUGCGACAUACGGAUAUAGUGGUUACCAUUGAAAUCUGCCUAACUCGGCAAAAUGAUAUCAGCACAACGUAUUUCCCUGCAUUACGCAGCAUUAAAUAAAUCUGGGUCUUAAGUCAACCUACUUUCAUACCACUCCCUUGGCCUGUCAGCUGGCUUUUCAGGCUCCAUCUCCUAGCUACCUGU